AGAUCAAUUACUUGAUUUUGAAAGUAAUAGGUACAUACGAUCUUCGAACCGCGACUAAACUCAUUAUGAUGGGAUGCUUAGGUAUGCCUAAUCGCGUUGGUUAACCGCUACACUAACCGAUUAGCAUACCAAAUUUUAUAUUGGAAAGCGUUGCGUUGGUAGAUUAAAUUUAACAUAUUGGUGCAAUUGUUAAGAGAAAGUAACUUUCAUGGGAGUUUUCAACGACGCGAACAACAAUGGCUAAAUCAAUGCAAAGGUCAUAAAAUUACAAAGUAACCGCUCGGAUGGUUGAAACUCGAUACACACAAACAAGAAAUGGCAAAAUCUUCGAAAGUGCCCAAAAUGUGACUACCUAAUAAAAUGCGAAAAAGGGCAACGUAAUUUUGACCGCACUUGGCGGCAAUACAAGGCAAUCGCGAGCUUGACCAAUCAAACUGUCAAAGAAAAUUUACGUUGAUAGAUUUGUUUUUGUCGAUGAGAUUUAACCAAAAAAUACCGAACUUCGAAAGGUGAAUGUAAUUCACCAUUCCGGGCUAUAGCUUUGGUACCGAAAUGCAGCGUUUUUGCCGGGAUUGAAAAGAAAUCGUCUUGACAUCUCUUCACUGCAUUGUAUUUAAACUCGCAUUUUUGAGAUUACUACUCGCCACAACACGGAUUGAAAGUUUGAACGAUCCCCAACUCUGUAUUAAAUUUCGGGAAUCGUCCCAGAGGUGACAGUUAUUUUUUCGCUGGUUUGCGCAAAUCGGUCCAAUCCGACAGGUUCUCGCCCAAUUGAUUUUCAUUGACAUUGGCGUGCGUAAUAAUCGCCCAAAAAUGUCUUCUGUAUUUUAUCCUCCUUUCGAUAUCUUUUGUUGCCAAAUAUGGACUACCGCCGCUGGCCUGGCACAGGUUAAGUGAAUGCCCCCGGUGGAGCUCUCUUAUUUCCUGCUGUUACGAUUCGCCACAUAACGUCGUCACUGGAUUGAGUUUGCAGAUUGCCUGAAGAUUUUGGUUUCGACUUUUCGCACUGUUGUAGCCUACGGAAGCAAUGUGACUUUGUUGGUUCGAAAAAUGAAGCAAGUCAAGCGGUGAGAAAAUGAAGAAUAAAAAAGUGAAGUAUAAUAUGCAUUAAAUUAUAAUAACGUUAAAUUAAAACAAUUAGCAAAGUGAGAAGAAGCAACUUGAGCGAAAUGAAGCAAAAGUGGAGUGCAAAACCAGCAAAACUCCAAAACCAGUUCCAAUAAGUGAUAAUUGAGAGAGAAGAAAACAAAAGAAGCCGAAGAAAACAAAUGCGAUUAGGAAGCCUUAAGUAAAACGUUUCUAUAAAUAAAGCAUCAAAACUAAAAGCAAAGUCGGUGCCGAAGUGAAUGCGAAUGAAUGUACCACGCUCGCGAGAAGCAGCAACAGCAGCAGCAGCCAAAGCCCCAGCAAUUGACAACAAUAAUAGCGAUUCAUCAUCAACCUCUCCGACGUCGUCGGCCACCCCGCUCUCGCUAUCAUCCUCCUCAACGCCGUCCUCGUUUGGCAGCAGUGGUAGCGGUGGCGGUUCGCUGCGGGGCCUUGGCAGUGCUCUGCGGCAGCUUCAGCAGUACCAGCGCCGGCGAAAUUUUCUAAGUUCGCCACCACCUCCUCUAGCAUCACUGUCAAGCCCCGGAGCAGCAGCCGCCGCGUCAACGACGACGAUGCUUCUCACGAGCAGUUCCGCGGCUCACGACCAUCACCUGAGUUUUGUGAUGGGUUUCAUCAAAGAGGAUGAAAUCUACAACAGUGUAACGUCUUCGUCGUCGUCUAGCGGCGGAGGUGCGACUACGGCCUCUUCUAUCAUUUCCAGCACCACGGACACUUCGUCGGAGGACAACUCGCUGGUGGUGCCCUCGGCGGUGAUAGGGUCGUCUUCGGUCGAGCUGGCUCAACCGUACCACGAUGAUGUACAAGUUAAUAAAAUCUCUUGGAACUGCCCCAGGCCCCAGAGUUACUUUUAGGAUUCCCCUAAAAAACCUUCUGGGAUUUAUGGAAGUAUCGUACAAUAUUUUUAGAUUAUCUCGUAGAAUUCGAUGAGAAGUAUUUGUUUGGGCAUCUAAAAGUGUUCUUGGCACAUGGGAUUUCCCCAGGAGUUCCUUUAAGGAUUUCUUUUGGAAUUCUUCCUGAUAUUAACUCAGGUGUCCCUUCUUGAAUUUCCUCAGAAAUUUCUCCUGGAAUUUCUCCAGUUUUUCCUGGAAUUGCAACAAGAUUUUCUUCUGAGAUUUUUCAAAAAGAUUCUUUUAGAUUUCUUCCAGCGAAUGCUACAGGAGUUUAUUCUGGAAUUCCAACAGAAAUUCCUUCUGGAAAUCACCCAGGAGUUCGUUCUUAAAAUCCAUCAGGUUUUCUUUUCUGAAAAUCGUCCAGGGUUUCUUUCUAGGUUGAUUCCUUCUGGGAAUCUUCCUGUAGUUUGUUGUGGAAAUCCUUUGGGAGCUCCUUCUUGGGGUCGUCCUGAUAUUCCUGAAGGCAUU